CCUCAAAUCCGCCGCAGGCGACAAGACAAAAACACUGCGCUGCCAUUAUAAUCAACGAAUCUGUCUCAUCCAGCGCUGUCCGCGCGUGCAGAGUAGAUGUGUUGUGAGGAAACACGCUGCUCCGCGCUCGCUGACGUCACCCAGGCGAGCGCUUCCAUAGAUGCCAGCGCGAGAGUACAGUGACAGCGCCUCGUCCACUGUACGCAACACUGAGUGCGGCUCAGGCUACACGCGAGAAACGGCAGUAUAUCAUGGAAUGUGACUAGGCAACAUUCCGCUUUAUUUGAGAGCCGUUUGUCAGCCCUGCACUCACGGGGUGCAGUACUUUAAGACCACCGUUCCCAUUAUUACCAAGUGAUCACUGCCCUCCUGUCAUCCGGGAAUCACAUUGGGAGCUUUAAUAUUUUUGUUAAUUAUUCCUCGAGUUUCUAUCCCACUCUAACGGUUCGACUCUGACUUCAAGCUGAGGCUCAAUAACUGGAUUUCAUCGGUGGAACAAUAGGCGACUGCUGCUGUCUGGAUAUUAAAUUGUACUCUUGGAUUAUUGUCUCAGCAUCAUGAGCACGAGUGUACCCUAUCAGCAAAGCUCAUGCAGCAGUGAACGGAGCUCCGGACCAAUCCACUGCUUUCGCUGCCGGGAGGUGUGCAAAGGAGAGGUGGUACGAGUGCAGCAUGUCCACUUCCACAUCAAAUGCUUCACCUGCCAAGUGUGUGGCUGUGAUUUGGCACAUUCCGGAUUCUUCCAGAAGAGUGGCGAGUACAUCUGCACAGCAGACUACCAGCGCCUGUAUGGCACAAAGUGUGACAGCUGUGGGGACUUUAUCUCAGGGGAGGUGGUCUCUGCCCUGGGCCGCACAUAUCAUCCACAGUGUUUCGUGUGCAGCGUGUGCAGGAAACCUUUUCCAAUUGGGGACAGAGUGACGUUCAGUGGUAAAGAAUGUGUCUGUCAGCAGUGUUCCCUCAAGCUGGUUAAUUCCAAUGAGCCAAUCAAAAUCCACGGGCCCAGUCACUGUGCAGGUUGUAAGGAGGAGAUCAUACAGGGUCAAUCUCUGCUGGCGUUAGAGAAACAGUGGCACGUCAGCUGCUUCAGGUGUCAGACCUGCGGCCUGGUCUUGACGGGAGAGUACAUUAGCAAAGACGGCAUUCCUUACUGUGAGUCAGACUACCAUGCCCAGUUUGGGAUAAAGUGUGAAACAUGCGACAGAUACAUCAGUGGACGUGUGCUGGAGGCUGGAGGGAAGCACUACCACCCCACUUGUGCUCGCUGUGCCCGGUGUCAGAUGAUGUUUACAGAAGGAGAGGAGAUGUAUCUCACAGGUUCAGAGGUGUGGCAUCCUGUGUGUAAACAAGCAUCUCGAGCAGAGAGGAAACUGAGACUCAGGCGCACAUCAGAAACCUCCAUCUCUCCACCAGGCUCCAGCAUUAGUUCACCCAGCAGAGUUAUAUGUGCAAAAAUGGAGAAAGAGAUCCUUGAUUACAAAGACUUGGCAGCGCUGCCUAAGGUUAAAGCCAUUUAUGAAGUGCAGAGGCCAGACUUCUGGUCCUAUGAGCCCAGUCACAGAUACUGCUCCGACGACAGGCUAGAGCGUCUCAGCUAUGGGGAGUCCUUGGGCACGCUCUCCCCUUAUUCUCAGGACAUGUAUGAUAGUAUGGACAUAAGGAUGAGAAGAUCCUCCAGUCCGGGGUACAUAGACUCCCCCACCUACAGCAGACAGGGCAUGUCUCCCAUCACGCCCCGCUCUCCACAGCACUACUACAGAUAUGGCACUGAGAGUGGCAGAAGUUCACCCUAUUACAAUCAGCUAGAUGCCCGGUCCAGCACGCCCACCACAAACCAAGCUCCCAAGCAUUUCCAUGUGCCAGCCACAGGGGAGCCCAAUAUCUACAGGAAGCCUCCCAUCUAUAAGAGACAUGCAACUAAGAGCAAGACCAGUGAGAACAUUGUCCAAUCUUCCAAGUUCACAUCAGCCUACUCACCUGAAAACUACCAGCACUCAGAGUCUGAUUACUACCAUUAUACCAGCUCUCCUAAAUCUUUACGUGCUCCUCGGAGAAGGUACUCAUCAGGUGGAGAAGAGGAUGGCUGGAGUCACGGCCUUCAAAGAAUUCAGGGUGGUAUCGGUAGGAUGAUCCUGAAGGAGGAGAUGAAAGCCCGCUCCGGUUCCUAUGACAACGACCCCUGGGGCAGCGCGCGGAACUCCCGCAGUGGGAGCAGGGAGAUGUUGCACAGCAUGGGCCACAACAACACAGUUAACGGCUCUCCUCGGACAAACUUUGCAGCAGAGAAUGGUGAUUUCCAGCCACAAAGUGCAGACUACUAUCAGUAUGACAGUGGCAGUGAAGUCAACUGGGGAAUCAGAGAGUACAAGAUCUUCCCAUAUGAAGCACUUAUUGUGACCACUAGGGGGCGUAACAGGUUGCCAAAGGAUGUAGACCGGGCUAGAUUGGAGCGGCAUCUUUCCCCUGAGGAGUUCUAUGAGGUGUUUGGGAUGACGAUGGUGGAGUUUGACCGUCUGGCACUGUGGAAGAGGAACGAGAUGAAGAAACAAGCCCGGCUGUUCUAGUGUUCCUGUCCCACACACACACACACACACACACACUCACACACACACACACACAGAGACCUGAAUACCUGUUCCAGUCUAACUAAACAAACACAUCCUGUGUCUCAGACACAUAGUCAUGCCUGGACUGUACCUAGAAAUUGUGCAACUCUUUAUUGUGACAGAGGCAUAUAAAUGAUCAGACAGGCUAGAAUACCUGACAAAGGAAGACAUAAAUAAAUAACAUGAUACACAGAAUGGUGGGAACAUUUUAGUUUUGACUUGAGUGUAAAGUGAACACAUUUUAUUUUGUUUCUGAAUGACAAAACUAAGGAAUCAGGAUUCCUUAUUCAAGGAUUUUGAAUUUUGCCUUAUGUUCUCUAUUAAUUUAUGCACCAGCAAAGUGAGUGAACAGAAUGCAAAUAUGAUUAAUACAACUUUAAUGAGAGUGGAAGUACAUUAUUACAUCAUUACAUCAAGUACAUUAUUAAGUAACAUUAAUUUUAAAGGUUAUAAAAUAAUAUUUUUCAGUCCUUUUAUUUCACUGUUAUUCAAGGACUACAUAAGCUUAGAUGGGCUGAAAUAAGCGAUGAUUUGCUUGACAAUGAAUACCAAAGUCUGACUGUUAUUUGUGAAGUUAGCAGAUGAAAUUGAGCACUACGGUGCUGUACUUUGUUCAGGUCAUUUCCAAGGAGUAACGAAUACUGAAUGUACACUUUUCUCACAAGAAGACUUUAGGAUUAUUAGACUAAUAUUGAUGAAACAUACAUUGUAAAUUGUGAUGGUAGAAAUACAUAUGGCUUGUGUCUGAUACAGAUGAAGACAAAACAGAUAAGAAUUAAGGUGCAAUGUUUUUUUUUCCUUUCUUUUUUUUCUUUUCUUUUUUGGAAUG